AUGCGCCUGUCGAAUUUCAGCCGGGGUCAAGCCGCCCAACAUGCGGGGGUGCUGCUUCGACCAGGCAGCCGCGAAGGGCUCAACACCAGCACCACCAGCACCAGCACCAGCACCAGCACCAGCACGGUCGGCGCCCUCGCCACGAGCACCAGCACGAGCAUCACCGCCGCCACGACCGGCAGCAACGCGAGCAGCUCGAGAAGCUCGAGUUAUAGCCCUGAGUUUAGGGCGUACUACGACUUUCAGGAUACCGAUUGCGACCGGCUCAUCGAGACGACCCCGCGCGAGGAGAGCGGCGGCAGCAACCACCACCAUCGUUUGGGGUACCGGCCGGACUGGCUUCGCCCGAACCAGCGUGCCCCGCGGGAUUCGUUGCGCUACCGGCAACAGAAUAGGGCCGAAGCCGGUGGGCAGGAGUACCACGAGCAGUACCACGAGCAGUACCACCAGUACCACCAGCAACAGCAACAGCAACAGCAACAGCAACAGCAGCAACAGAACAGAACCCGACAACUAGCACCUCUCCGCAAAGCCUCUCCAGGGCCAGCUCCAUUUCCCCGGCCGCGUCACCCCGGCCAUGGGAGGGCGGCACCGAUAGCAUCAGAAGGCAUAUCGUCGCGCGACCGAGACAGACGGCGGGGCGGAGGAAGGGACCGCAACAAGGACAAGGAGCGGGAUCGGAAUCGGGAGCGCAGCACGGGUGCUCCCAGGAUGAGCAGCUCGGGCGGCGGAGCGGCAACCGCCUCCGCGGCCGACAAGAGGAAGAGCCUGCACGGAUCGAGGACCACCCCGGGUACGGGAAGCAACAACACCGCGGGGGCGAGCGGGUCGAGGGGCAGGAGUAACAGCGUCAACAGGAAUGCGCUGAUCGCGCCACCGCCCAAGGCGUUUCACUCGGGGCCGGCGAGCUCGUCGCCGUCGGGGAGCGCCGACGAUGGGCACGGGCACGGGCUCGGACCCGACGCGGGGACGGCGGGGUCGGGCAAGGAAAACAACGCCUCCGGGCCCGCGCCCACGACGGCGGCGGGGCUGGCAGCUAGCCUCAAGGAAAAGGACGACAAGAUUGCGAUGCUGCAGACGGAGCUGCGGGUGAUGGAGGAGGAGUUUGCCAAGGAGCUGGACCGCCUGUCGCAGAACGAGAGCGAGACGGCGACGUUUUGGCAAAAGAAGCACAGCGCGCUGAACCAGCAGUACCUGCGGGCGGACACGGAGCUUCGGCUGCUCACGGCCGAGGUCGAGGUUCGUCGGGACGAGCGCGAGGAGCUGCGGGAAGGGUGGGAUAUCCUGCGGAAGCAAGUCCGGGAGAGGGAGGCGGAGAUUGCGUCGUUGAUGACGCAGGUGAGGGGUCUCAAGGAUUGGGUGAGCACGAGCACGCGGUCCGACGCGCAGACGACGGACGAAGUGUUUGGGGACGGCAUGGCGAAGCUGGCCAACGGGCUGCAGAAUUGGGUGAUUGUCAACUUUCGCAAGGCGAAGCUAGAUCUUGCAAAGGCCUCUGCCGAAGAACUAGAGUGUUUGAGCAGGCUGGUCCCCAUGUACGAGGAACUGGCGGCGUUUGCCAAAGUCCACCUGCUGCAGUCGCUCAUCUCGGGGAUCUUGGUGGAGACGGUGUUCAGCGCCUACUUUGUUGGGCUGUCAGAGGAACAAACAGAACAGUUUAGGCAGGUAGAGAAGCUCCUGCGGUCUUUCACCGACACAGACGGUCCCAUAAAUCAAUGGCGGUCCGCCGAGACGGAAUCCCUCUCCGCGGCCGUCAUGGGCCGCAUCAUCUCUACUCUUCGACGACCCGGCCCUUGCGGCGCUCGUGCGCAGCUCCGUCGACCUUGCGCGGCUUUUGGCCGUGCAAAGGCCGAGUUCCGUGUGUGGUUGCCACCGCUUGUGGCGCACCAACGCACGACCUUUGACGAGAUCACGAUGGAGGAUCUGGGCGGUGGCGAGGACGAGGAAGGUGGGCUAGCAGCUAGGGAGGUGUGGUGCGUGGCCUUUCCGGGCAUUAUCAAAAGGGGAGAUGAGACUGGAGGGCAUCUGCAGUACGAAAACGUUGUUGCCAAGGCGAGAGUGCUGUGUAAACCAGACGAGUGA